UCUGCUAGCUAGCCAUCGUGUCGUGAUUGCACGUCUUGUAACAAUUUUAAAUAGCAUUCGUUUCCUCUAAGUAUUGCCUUAAAAUUACAUCUCAUAUCGUAAUUGUGUUGCGGAUAUUAUAAUUAUAAAAUUCACAGCAAGUUAAAUUAGCAACAAAGCACUACUUUUAGAAGAUACUGACAAAGCCGAAAUGCCGACUAGCAGCAUCGAUUUGUACCACAUGCAAGAUGCCAGAAAUAAUUUUGACGCCAUGCGACCUGCCCCAAUUUGCACUGAUGCCAAUCAAUUUAUGGGCCAAUGUCAAAAUAUACAUAUAUCCACGAAUUGCUACUACGGAUACCAGAAUCAGAAAAAUGUGGAAAACUCCCAUGUGGCAACCGAUUGCGAAAUGACAGAAGCGUCGGACGCUAACGGGUCGGCGUCGCCGCCGUUGGCGUCACCUCAGAACAAUGCAAGAAAGCGAAGUGCAGACGAGUACGACAGCCCACUGACCAAGCGUUUUCGUGAAGAAGUACAAAGAGAGAGAACCAUUGAACCUGAGACAAGUGAGACCCUAAAACUGGAUUCAAGCACAGAAGAUUUGUUGGAGUGUCUGUACUGGAACAUUCAUGGCGGGAACAUUUUUCGUUUAAAAUUAUAGUGAAUGUGUCAAGUACAUAGUUUAAGUGAAGUGUGCGAUAUAUUUUAAGUAUACAUUUUUAAAGAGGUGGGACUUUAGAUUUUCACUAGAUUUUCAUUACUGUCAUUUAUGUGCUGAAACUGUUGUGAAAGUAUUUCUAACAUAGCUUUAAGAAAUUCAUAAUAAACUUGGAAUAGGAAAGGGGUGUUUUUUAUUUGUAUAAAACAUACUUUUCUUUUAUUAUUAUUUAUUAUACUAAAUAAAUAUUACAUAAAGUAAAUAGUGACACAGUAAAGGAUAUUGAAUUAUAAUAAUAAGAUUAAAUUAGUUCAAAAUUCUUAAUAGGAAUUCGUCAAACUUCGGCGCUUAAUCUGAAAAAAGAAAAGGAACAUUAAAUUAAUUUGUCGUGUUUUGUUUGUCUGUUUCAGAUCAGCAGAUGAAGAUCUAAUAUGAAUGUUCUUUUUCAGGAUAUACUCAAACAAUGAUCAAACUAAUAUGUUUGAAGUUUGGGUUUUUGGUCAGUUUGUAUGUUUUACUAACAUCACCUUUUUGUUUUCCAGAUGACUCUUCCAUGUGCAGCCUUGUUGGCACACGGUCAAGCCCGAGCCAUUCCGCUUCCGCCUUAAACGUAAACACAGAAAAUUAUUACGUUUUAUACUUGAUGUUUAAAUUCACAAUUCAUAUAGAUGUGUAAACUCUGAAUUUUCGUAAACGAUCUGUGAUAUUCUUGUACCUGAUCAA